ACGCAGGGUCUCUCACCUUUUUUAUUUUUUCUGAACAAAUUGAAUAAAAAAAUUGUUUAAAAAGUUCCCCCAAAAGAAAAACCAAAGUAAGAGAACUCUCUCUCUCUAGGAACAGCGAUGGAGACCGCCUUUGCGAGCGCGUCGGCGAUUAGCGACCAACGGCAGAAGAUCGAGCAGUACAAGCACAUUCUCGCCACCGUUCUCUCCUCCGACGAUGUUAUUCAAGCCAAACAAUUCAUCGACCACAUGCUAUCGGACGACGUGCCGCUUGUGGUGUCGAGGCAGCUUCUGCAGACGUUUGCCCAGGAGUUGGGGAAGUUGGAGCCGGAGUUUCAGAAGGAAAUUGCCCAUUAUACCCUCAAUCAGAUCCAACCUCGUGUUGUUUCUUUUGAAGAACAGGUGUUGAUUGUCAGAGAAAAACUCGCGGAGUUAUAUGAAUCUGAACAACAAUGGUCAAGAGCGGCACAGAUGCUUAGCGGCAUUGAUCUGGAUUCUGGAAUGAGAGUGAUUGAUGAUACCUUCAGGCUGUCCAAAUGUGUCCAAAUUGCUCGCCUUUACCUCGAGGAUGAUGAUGCUGUUAAUGCAGAGGCUUUUAUAAAUAAAGCUUCCUUUUUGGUUAGUAACAGCCAGCACGAGGUGUUGAAUUUGCAAUACAAGGUUUGCUAUGCUAGGAUACUAGAUUUGAAGAGGAAGUUCUUGGAAGCUGCUCUUCGGUAUUAUGAUAUUUCCCAAAUUGAGAAGCGUCAAAUUGGAGAUGAAGAAAUCGAUGAAGAAGCACUGGAGCAAGCGCUAACUGCCGCCGUGACUUGUACAAUCUUGGCUGCUGCAGGUCCUCGACGUUCCCGUGUUCUUGCCACCCUAUACAAGGAUGAACGCUGCUCUAAGCUAAAGAUCUACCCAAUCUUGCAGAAGGUUUAUUUAGAGAGAAUUUUGAGAAAACCGGAAAUUGAUGCGUUUGCUGAAGAAUUGAAGCCACAUCAGAAAGCACUUUUGCCUGACAAUUUCACCGUUCUUGAUCGUGCUAUGAUUGAGCACAAUCUCCUGAGUGCUAGCAAACUUUACACCAAUAUUAGUUUUGAAGAGUUGGGCACAUUGCUUGGUAUCGCUCCUCUAAAGGCUGAGAAAAUAGCUUCAAGAAUGAUCUGUGAAGAUAGAAUGAGGGGAUCCAUUGAUCAGGUUGAAGCUGUCAUACAUUUCGAGGAUGACCCUGAGGAAAUGCCACAAUGGGAUCAACAGAUAUUCGCCUUGUGUCAUGCUCUCAACGAAAUUCUCGAUGGCAUGGCGAAUAAGGGUUUACCAUUUCCUGUCUAA